AUGGCCGCCGACGCCGCUUUGGAGAGUGUAAGAUCGCUGAUAUGUGCGCUCGACAUCAUCUUCGCCGUCAUCUCGCUCUCCAGUCUGUAUGUGCCCUUGUUUUGGAGAUCGUGGACAUAUGAGAAGGGGAGCAUCAUUCGUCGCGAUCUCUGGAUCGCUCGUUUCGUCGUCCUCUCCACCCCGUACCGCCUCAUCGGAUCGAUCUUCUCCAUCGCCAGCCUCACUCGCAAUUCACAGCGACAGACUCUGCUUCUGAAAACGAUACAGGCCGUCACUGCCACGCCUCUCGAGAUCAGGCUUUACAAGCUCGCCAGGAAAACAUGGAAGAAGGCCGUGAAGAGGCAAGAUGGUGGAGAGAGCCCCGCGCCCGACAUGGGAGGACGGCAGCCUGCGGUGUCAAAGAGCCGGGAGGUGCUCGUCGCGGCCAACGCGCAUCGGGAUGACUACGAGCGCGAGAAGUUUGGAUUCUGGAAGGCCUGCCUCUUUCACUUUAAAUGGAUCAUUCCGGAGGGGAUCAUGGUUGUCGGGCUCGUGCUCAGUUCGAUAUACUUGGGCGAGGGCCCGAAGGAUCGCCUCGUGCCUGCGGUCUUCAUAUGGAUCUUGCCGUUGGUGGCGGUUGUUCUCAGCCAGGUAUGGAGGCACUGCCGGCGCACUGAGACUGAGCGUGUGGGAGAGUUUGCUGGGUUCACGAAGCCAUGGGCGGUUGGGACCAUGGUGGGAUACCUCAUAUUCUUCGUCGUCUUUUUUGUUGACUUGGAAGAGAGGAAGGAGUAUAUUAGUAACUGGACGGAGGUAUGGGUACAGCUCGCGGAGGCAUUGUGUGGAGGUGGAGGAUAA